CGCUGCGUGGAGGACAUGGCUACUUCCCGCUUACCUCCAGCGACACUAACGCUAAAGCAGUUCUUGAGAAGGCAGCAAGUUCUCCUUCUCUACAGAAGGAUUUUGCAAGCCAUUCGGCAAGUUCCAAAUGAUUCUGAUCGCAAAUACCUGAAGGACUGGGCAAGGGAAGAAUUCAAAAGAAACAAAAGUGCCACUGAGGAGGUUACAAUCCGGAUGAUGAUUACACAAGGCAAUAUGCAGCUCAAGGAGUUAGAAAGAACACUUGCUCUAGCAAAAUCUUAACUACAGCAUUAUCCUGAAAGAUUUCCAAAGUCUCCAUGUGUUUUUUGAGCUUAGGCUCAACGACAGGCAGCCCAAAGUCAAGUCAAAUUGUUUGCAUGUACAACACUCCAGCAAAAUAUCAGAACAUGGAGCAUGGCACGUCACAGAGGGCAAAGAAAAGCCGCAUCGGAACAAUUGCCUUAGCACUGAAAAACAUACCCUGCAUUUUGAAAAUGUUUCUGGAUUUGUCAGCAGAUUUUAUAAGAAGCAAAAACCAGUACAAGAAAUGGUCAAUUAGCACAUAAAAAGAUACUCAUCACCAUUAUUCAUCAGGGAAAUGCAAAUCAAAACCAUAAUGAGAUAUUACACUUCCACCACAUGCACUAGAAUGGCUGUAAUCAAAAAGGGAGAUAACGACUGAUGGGGAAGAUGUGGAGAAAUUAGAACCCUCAUAUAUUGCUGGCGGGAACAUAAACUAGAGCAGCUACUUUGGAAAACAGACUGUCAGUUGCUCAAAAGGUUAAACUUGAUUCAGCAGGUUUACAACCAGCAGAACUAAAAACACAUGUCUACAACACACUUGUACACAAAUGUUCAUAGCAGCAUUAUUUCAUAAUAGCCAAAAACAAUCCAAAUGCCCACCAACUGAUAAACGAGUAAAUAAAAUGUGGUAUAUCUAUACAAUAAAACAUUCGGCAAUAAAAAGGAGUGAAGUACUGAUACGUGCUACACACGGAUGAACCUUGAAAACACUAAGUAAAAGAGGCCAAUCACAAAAGAUCACAUAUUGUAUGAUUCCGUUUAUAGGAAAUGUGUGGGAUAGGUAGAUCAGUGGUUGCCAGGGCUUUGGAUGUAAUGGAGAGUAACUGGAUAUGGGGUUUCUUUUUGGGGUGAUGAAAAUAUUAAAGUUAGGUUUUAGUUGCAUAACUCUGAAUAUACUAAAAUCCAUUAAAACAUAUAUUUUAUAUGUAUUGUAUGUGAAUUAUACCUCAAUAAAGCUGUUUUUUAUUUUUAAAAAUUAAAAUAUAAUUGGCUUACAACAUUGUAUAAGUCAAUAAAGCUGUUUUGAAAAACAGUAUGAUAAGUAGGACUGGGGGUGUACUGAC